AUGAUGAGGGUAACGUGCAGCCGAAUUCUCAAGUUUUCGAAACCCUACUUUCUGUGGGGGACGCAGAGCUCAAGCCGUUGCUUCAAUUCUCGAGCCUUUUCUCAAAAUGUCAUCACAAAGAAUAUCGCUUCGUCGCAGAAUCGAAGAUUAGUUCAAUGUAGUCGACUUUCUUCUUCCCAGUACCAUGCUCAGAUGGCGGCUUAUGAUCAUCAGUCAGUGACGAUUGAGACAUUUGAUGCUCUGUGUGAAGAAGGGAACGUAGUAGAAGCCGUAGAAGCUGUGAAGAUCUUAAUGGAUGAAGGCUAUGUUGUGGACUCGCCUAGGCUUCUAGGGUUAGCGAAACUGUGUGGUGAAGCAGAGGCUUUGGAAGAAGCUAGGGUUGUUCAUAGCUGCAUCACUGCUUCGGAUUCUCCUCCUCCUCCUUCAGUUGUCAACAAGAUAAUCGAAAUGUAUUCGAAUUGUGGAUCCACCGAGGAAGCGUUGAGCGUGUUCGAGGAAAUGUCUGAGAAGAAUUCAGAGACGUGGUGUGUUAUGAUAAGGUGCUUAGCGGAGAACGGAUAUUGUGAGCGCGCGAUCGAUAUGUUCACUCGCUUCAAAGAGGAAGGGAACAAACCCGACAAGGCGAUUUACAAAGAGGUCUUCUCUGUGUGUGCUUCGCUGGGUAACGUGAACGAGGGGUUACGUCAUUUUGAAGCUAUGCACAGAGACUAUGGCAUCGUCCCUACAAUGGAAGACUACGUGAGCGUUACGGAGAUGUUGGCAGCGAGUGGUCAUUUGGAUGAGGCAUUGGAGUUUGUUGAAAGAAUGACCAUCGAACCGAGCGUUGAGGUUUGGGAAACACUGAUGAAUCUCUGUUGGGUUCAUGGAGAUAUAGAGCGUGGAGAUAGGUUUGCAGAGUUGGUGAAGAAACUAGAUGCCACAAGGAUGAACAAAGAGUCCAGCGCUGGUCUCGUAGCAAAGAAAGCAUCAGAUUCCGAGAAAGAGAAACUAAAGGAAAUGAUGAGAACUCAGAGGAAGAAAGAUAGGCGUCCAGAUACAUUCAUAAAUGCACAUGUUAGUCUACAUCAGUUUAGUGCAGGAGAUACUUCACACCCAGGGAGUGAUAGAAUCAUGGCUGUGUUGAGGAGUUUGAAAGUGCACAUGUUAGAGAUGGGUUUUGUCCAUGAUUUUAGGGUAUAUCUUCAAGCCAUGGACGAUGAGGAAAAAGAGCAACAACUUCUUUUUAGAGGCGACAAGCUUGCAUGUGCUCAAGGAAUCCUUACCUCAUCGGCUCGUUCUCCCAUAACUAUUAUAAAAAAUUUGCGUACCUGUAACGAUGGCCACAAUGCAUUGAAGAUGAUCUAA